AUGCUCGACUUUAAGUAUAAGCUAGGCUCUCUGACAUCUUCAUUAGGAUCAGACUCAGACUCAGCUGUUGUCACCGGACCACACCGUGCAAGUGUGAUGGUGACACCAAAGAAGAAAGUGGUACCCAUAGCAGUCCACAGCACUCCUUCUGAACCAUCCUCUGCAAAUUCAGAGCUCAAUCCAAAGGUGACCGUCAUAUCUAUUAGGUACAAUUUGGAUGCAGAAUUGGGUGGAUGGAUGGAUUUUGGUGGUGUAGAAAAUGUCGCUGGAUUCUUGUGGCAAUUGCUGGAUGAAGGACUUCAUCCAAAGGAAAAAACAGAUUUCCAGGAUAUUGUAUCAGGGAAGAUCAAGGGUACCGCAAAGAACGUGUACAAUGUGAAGCAAUUAUUUAAAGAUCCUGAUAUCGUGUUCUAUCCAACAGCAUGCAUCCCUCCAAAGAUCGAGGCCAUAAUUACAUUGCGGGAUUUCAAUAUUAUUCCUCAGGUUGUGGAGGUUAUCGAUCAGAAAGUGCAGACCACAAAAGAUGACAUCGUCAUGAACGCGAUGCGCUACACUCGUUGCUGCCAAUUGAUGGCGUUCAAGGAAGGAGAGAGGGUUUCCGACAUACAGGGGAAGCAAUUUCUUAUCAAGCCCACUUUAUUUUUGCUCGAGAAACAUGACACUGAUAGAAGUGUCGAAACCUCUUAUGCCACCAACCGCAUUCGAUGCCAACUCCUACUUGAACGAUACAAUGGACCGUUAUCGUAUGCACCGGACCCUCAGAUGUUCCUCAUAGCAUUUCGCGACUGCGUCUGUGAUAGGGCACAGGAACUUGCUCUUGAAAUGAAAAAUUCUCCACCGUGA